AUGCCACGCCUUCAUACCGUACUAGUAGAGCGGGACGUGGUUGUGGCGCGGGAUGUUGUUGUUGGGCGAGACGUGGUUGUUGCACGAGAUGUCGUUGUGCCUCGAGAUGUCGUUGUCUCACGAGAAGUUGUUGUUCCUCGAGAUGUAGUGGUUGCGCGAGAUGUAGUUGUUUCACGAGAAGUUGUUGUUCCUCGAGAUGUCGUCGUCUCACGAGAUGUUGUUGUUCCUCGAGAUGUGGUGGUUGCGCGAGAUGUCGUUGUUUCAUGUGAAGUUGUUGUUCCUCGAGACGUCGUUGUUCCCUGA